ACAAGAAAGAUGGCUGACCUUAGUGAAUUUGAGAGCGCUGAGCAACCCCAAGCCCCAACAGAAGAUGACCCAGCCGCCGCUUUUCUGGCCAGAGAGCAGGAUCAGUUGGCGGAGUUAGAAGGGGACAGUUUGGGGGCCGACAGUUCGCAGCCACCUGCAGAUGAUGGAUUUGAUCCCUUCGGUGCCGAGGCAGGGCCAGCUGAAUCAUCCGAGGACAUUUUUGGGGACGGAGCUCAGGAACCUCAGACUGGAGGAGAUGGCAACAUGCUAGAUGAGUUCGGAGACAAUUCAGCGCCGAAUUCAUUCAGUGACCAGAUAGGUGGAGAAUCAAAUGAUACCCUUACUAACGGACCGACGGACACAUACUCAGCCAUCUCCCACGUAGACAGACAGAGAGCGGAGCCGGAGAAGAUCAAGAAGUGGCGAGAAGAACAGACAAAGAUGCUGGAGAAGAAAGAUGAGGAAGAAGAGAAGAAAAGAGAGGAAUGGAGGUCACAGGCGAAGAAAGAGCUGGAAGAUUGGUACAAACACAAUGCAGAGCAACUUACCAAGACCAAGGAGAACAACAGAGCUGCCGAGGCUGCAUUUGUGAAAGAGCGAGAUGAGACAACCUCCGGACACAACUGGGAGAAAAUCUGCCGACUUUGUGAAUUUAAUCCCAAGAACAGCAAAAACAUGAAGGACAUUUCGCGUCUUCGGUCAAUUCUGCUACAGUUAAAACAGACGCCAUUAGAGCGUUAAUCAUUAGGAUGUAGCCCAUCCAAUCAGUGUACAUUUUGUGUCUGUUGCAAUAUGCAUGUAUGAGCAGCUGUCAUUGAUCAGACAUUAGUGACUACUCUAACUAGUGUACAUUUGUACAACCUGAUUUGAUUGGUGCAGAAUGGAUUUGGAUUGUAAAUUUAGACAGCAAUGAUUAAAGCUAAUUAUAUUCAUUAUAUUAUAUUUGGAAAAAAAAAAAGCUGUCUAAGAAUUUAAUAUAGGUUAUAUUGCCCUCUUUUCAAAAUGAGUUUUUGACUCUCAAAAAACCUGAUUUCCUUUCGCGAACUAAUGUAUUUUAUAUAUAACUGCACAUGUAUUUAUGUUAUAUUAAUAGUAAUGGCAUGGAUAUCAUGUCAUGCCAUUGAAGUCAAUUAAAUACUCCAGAUUUGUGUUUCCCAUUAGACCAUAGCUAAUACUGCUUCUCCUGUACAUGUAUAUUUGUUUUGUGAAAUAUAAAGCAUUUAUUUCCAAUAAAUUGCCUAAUAAACGCAUGCAAAUAUGCUCUGUGCUUAUGUUGUCCUAGCUUGUAAAUUUGGUGUUUUUAUAGGUGGCACGAAGGUUAUUUACAUAACGACUCAAUGUAAUUACCAUUCCAUUUUCGUAAGAAAAAAAAUAUCUGUAGCGUUUACAACUUUCGUUUUCGUCUUCAGACCUUGAUGAAGCUUACAAGCAGCAUUGGAGCAAAACACCUGUAGAAUUUAUUUCAUAGCUCAAACAACGCCUUAAACUGUAAUUUGUGUCAUCUUGCAUGAAGUUCCUGACCUGGAGGCUUUGUAGAGAUAAUGUAACUAAGAUAUGGUCAAAUAGUCAGACCAGUAAGGGCAGAAGUUUUUUCUCGUCAAGCGUAGGAAAUUUUUUAUUCCAUGUGAAAAAUUUGUGCUUGUAAUAAACUACGUG